AUGAGUAACUUCAGCCAAACUUCUCCGUUUGCUUCGAAUCCUCUUCGGUCUCGCUCGGACGUAACCAGCAUGUUUACCGCGCUUCUCGAUGCAUUGGCACCUCACACGUCUCCUGGAGGUGCAAGAAUACAUCUAGGGCACACUGCAACACAUUUUGACGAAGUUGCAGCUCAGUUGGAAGGAUUCUCUAGGCCUAUUUGGGGUUUGGCGUCGUUGCUUGCCGGAUCUCAAAAUUAUCAGGGUUCUGAGCGAUGGACCGAGGGAUACGCGAGUGGGACUAAUCCCAAGGGAGAUGAAUUCUGGGGGAACAUGAGAGACAAGGACCAAAGGAUGGUGGAAUGUUCUGCAAUCGGAUACUCUCUUGCUGUUGCUAGAGAAUACUUCUGGGACCCUUUGAGCGACGAAGCAAAGGAUAACUUGGGAGAGUGGCUUGGUGGUAUGAACGAUAAGCAGAUGCCCAACACAAACUGGCUUUGGUUUAGGGUUUUCGCGAAUCUAGGGCUCUCCAAAGUUGGCUCUAAACAUGCUGAUGUCAAGCGUAUGAAGGCUGAUCUCGACCACUUGGACACCUUUUACAUCGGUGACGGCUGGUCCAGAGAUGGUCCGGAAGGCGUGGUUCAGCUAGACUACUACUCUUCGUCUUUCGCCAUUCAAGUCGCUCAACUGCUCUACUCAAAACUCGCGCAGAACGAAGAUCCAAAAAGAUGUGAAGAGUUUCGAAAUAGAGCCCGCAAGUUUGCUCUCGACUUCGUUUAUUACUUUGAUGCCGAAGGUCGAGCGAUUCCUUUUGGUAGAAGUUUGACCUAUCGCUGCGCGAUGUCUGCAUUCUGGAGCGCCUUCGCUGUCGCAUUUACUCCCACCUCUGCUUUACCCGAUUUGACCCUUCCAGAACCUUUCACAUGGGGCAUAGUCAAAGGACUUCAACUCCGUAAUAUUCGUUAUUGGGCCAAACAAGCAGGCGCAUUCACCCCCUCCGGUGUCCUCACCCUCGGAUACGUCUACCCCAAUCACAACAUUCUGGAAAACUACAAUUCUCCAGGAUCACCUUAUUGGGCUUGCAACGCCUUCAUCUGUCUCUCCCUUCCCGAAACGCACCCAUUCUGGACUUCACCGGAAGAACCCUACCCCUCAACCUUCACCAACACGGUAAAGGUUUUGAAACAUCCCUUGCACAUUAUUUCCAGUUUACACACGGAGGUUGGAAGUCACACGUUCAUCCUUAGUUCUGGUCAACAAUGUUCGUACCCCGUCAAACAAGGUGCUGCCAAGUAUGGCAAAUUCACGUAUUCGAGCGCGUUUGGGUACUGCGUUCCCACUUCUGGCGUUGGUGCACACGGACGUGGGACGCUGGAAGAAGUUGGUGAACUCGGCCACGAUGGUGCGUUAGCCGUCAGCGAUGACAACGGUGAGACGUGGCGGGUGCGGAGGGAUACGAGGCAAGCGAGGUUUGAACCGUACGAGUAUCGAGAAGGUGGGGAGAUCAAGAAGGGGGAAUAUCUACGGUCGACGUGGUUCCCCUGGCCUGACGUUGAGGUGGAAACCUUUUUGAUCCCGCCGACGAGAGACGCAUCGUUAUGGCAUUUACGAGUCCAUCGGGUGAAUAGCGGUAGAGAGCUUUGGACAGCCGAAGGUUCUUGGGCAGUCUACGGCCAACGUGAAGAUGGUAGACAUUUGGAUCCUGUUUUUGAAAGCUCGUCAGAAGCAUGCGGGACGUAUGAAGGUGGUCGAGAAGCGAGGGCAACAUCCAGAGCAGGCGUUGUUGGGAUUAUAGAUCUCUCUCCUUCAACAGAAAGAAAGGGUAUCGCUCUUCGUGCAGAUGCGAACACCAGCUUGAUUUAUGCUCGUUCGGUGUUACCCACUCUUCAAGGCCACCAUCAAAAUGUCAAAAAGGACACUUGGCUUGUUACCGCUGUGUUUGGGUUACCUGCCACAUUGAAUGUGGAGACAGGUGAGGAGACAGGAGCAAAAGAAGGGUGGAAGAAAGAGUGGAUGAAGCGGCUUGAAGUUCCAGAGUUCUUAGAAUCCAUGAUCAGGGCCAACUAG